AAGGAGAAAAAAGAGAAGAAAUCUAAACGCCAUGACAAAUCUCGGAAGAGGAAGACUCAGAUGGAUGAAAGUGAGCAGUCUGAGGAUGAAGUUGAUUCCCCGAAACUCAAGAAAACAAAGAGUAGUGUUAAACAAAACGGUGAUACAAGAGAAGAAAGCCCAGAGAACACGAGAUUAUCUUCCUUAAACAUUAAAUCUACCCAUAAAAAGCGGCACAAUAAUUCUAGUGAAACGUCAAGUGGCGAUGGUGACAGUGAGCAAGAGCAGGAGAUGACUGAAGAACAGAAAGAGGGUGCUUUCUCCAAUUUUUCUAUUUCCAAAGGGACCAUUCAGCUUCUUCAAGCUCGAGGGGUGACUUACCUGUUUCCUGUGCAAGUGAAGACCUUCGACCCAGUAUAUUCUGGCAAAGAUGUAAUUGCUCAAGCACGAACUGGAACAGGGAAAACAUUCUCUUUUGCUAUUCCCUUGAUUGAAAAGCUUCAGGGAGACUCGCAGGAAAGAAGAAGAGGCCGUUCACCAAAGGUACUAGUUCUUUGUCCCACAAGAGAGCUGGCAAACCAAGUUGCCAAAGAUUUCAAGGACAUCACAAGAAAGCUAACAGUAGCUUGCUUUUAUGGAGGAACUCCAUAUAAUGGACAAAUUGAUCUCAUGAGAAGUGGCAUUGACAUUUUGGUUGGGACACCUGGUCGAAUCAAAGACCAUCUUCAGAGUGGCAAGCUGGACCUUACCAAGGUGAAACAUGUUGUGCUUGAUGAAGUUGACCAGAUGCUGGACAUGGGAUUUGCUGAGCAAGUGGAAGACAUUUUACGAGUUGCAUACAAGAAGGAUUCUGAAGACAAUCCCCAGACACUACUGUUUUCUGCAACUUGCCCACACUGGGUGUAUGAUGUGGCUAAGAAAUAUAUGAAGUCUAGAUAUGAACAGAUUGACCUUAUUGGGAAAAGGACUCAAAAGGCUGCUACAACAGUAGAACAUUUGGCAAUAGAGUGUCACUGGUCUCAGAGAGCUGCGGUUAUUGGAGAUGUCAUUCAGGUCUACAGCGGCAGCCAUGGGAGGACCAUCGUCUUUUGUGAGACCAAAAAGGAGGCAAAUGAACUGGCUCUGAAUGCUUCAAUCAAACAGGAUUGCCAGUCGUUGCACGGUGACAUUCCCCAGAAGCAAAGAGAGAUCACACUGAAAGGUUUUCGAAACGGUACAUUUAAAGUUCUGGUUGCAACCAACGUCGCUGCCCGUGGUUUAGAUAUCCCUGAAGUUGACCUGGUUGUACAAAGUUCACCACCAAAGGAUGUGGAGUCCUAUAUCCAUCGUUCUGGACGCACAGGGCGGGCUGGACGGACUGGGAUCUGUAUCUGUUUUUAUCAACGAAAGGAAGAACAUCAGUUAAGAUAUGUGGAACAAAAAGCGGGCAUUACAUUCAAGCGUGUUGGUGUUCCUACUGCAACAGAUAUAAUUAAGGCUUCCAGCAAAGAUGCCAUCAGGUGUCUGGAUUCUGUUCCUCAAACUGCUAUUGAGUAUUUCAAAGAAUCUGCUCGGUUCCUAAUCCAAGAAAAGGGACCAGUUAAUGCUCUGGCUGCAGCUCUAGCCCAUAUUUCAGGUGCUACUUCCAUUGAACAGCGCUCCUUGUUUCUGACACUUUAGGGAUUUGUUACAAUGAUACUACGCUGCUCUGAAGAAAUAAACAAUAUGAGCUAUGCUUGGCGAAGACUGCGAGAACUGUUGGGUGAUGAUGUUGAUAGGAAGGUCAACAGAAUGUGUUUCCUCAAGGGAAAAAUGGGUGUGUGCUUUGAUAUUCCUGCAGCAGACCAAAAGGAAAUAGAGGCAAGAUGGGAAGAUUCAAAACAAUGGCGUUUGUGCGUGGCGACUGAAUUACCUGAAUUAGUAGAAUCCCAGCGAGGAGGAGGAGGCGGAGGUGGAGGAAAUGGCCGAAGCUUCUCAAGCUCCAGGAACGGGCGGCGUGGUAGCUCUGGUAGAAACAGAUUCAGAAGCAGAGGCCAGAAACGAAGUUUUGACAGAGCAUUUGAUCGUUAA